AUGGGUAUCAACAAUCCAAUUCCCAGGAGUUUGAAGAGUGAAACCAAAAAGGCUGCAAAAGUGCUGGCAAGCUUUGUGAAGCCCAACCAGGUGUUUGGAGCUGAUCAAGUGAUCCCACCAAAUGUGCUGAAGCGUGCUAAGGGGCUUGCAAUCAUUACAGUUUUGAAAGCAGGUUUCCUCUUCUCAGGAAGAGCUGGUUCAGGUGUGAUUGUGGCCAGAUUAAAAGAUGGUACGUGGUCUGCUCCCUCGGCUAUUGCUAUGGCAGGUGCUGGGGCUGGUGGUAUGGUUGGUGUGGAAUUGACAGAUUUCGUGUUUAUCUUAAACUCGGCAGAGGCGGUCAAAUCCUUCUCAGAGUUUGGUACUGUGACUCUGGGUGGUAAUAUUUCAGUCUCCGCAGGUCCGUUGGGUAGAAAUGCUGAAGCAGCUGCUUCGGCGUCUACUGGUGGUGUCUCAGCGGUGUUUGCGUAUUCCAAGAGUAAAGGUUUAUUUGCAGGUGUCUCUCUUGAGGGAUCUGUUAUUGUGGAGAGAAGAGAAGCCAAUAGGAAAUUCUACGGUGAUAGUUGUACAGCUAAGAUGAUCCUCUCGGGUCGCAUAAGACCACCUCCAGCGGCGGAUCCUAUAUUCCGUGUUUUGGAGUCAAGAGCUUUCAAUUAUAAAUCGGCUAUGCCUGCUGACGACUACGAGGACGAUUUUUACGAUGAUAUACCAAGUUCUUUUGAUUCCUCAGAAGUGUCGUCCACCCGACCCACCACGAAAUCUACGAGGCAAAGAAGAAGCGGAUCCCGUAGCUAUUUUGACGAUGACGACGGUUUUGAUGAUGAGCAUAGUGGCUAUAACGGCCGCCGUAGUGGUCGUGACCGUGAGGAUUAUAAUGAUAGUUUUAAUGACCCAUCAGGAGCCAGUGAGUACUACAGAAGCCAGAGAAGACAGACCCAACGGGAUAGCAGAUCGCCUCAACAUACCAAUACUCGUUGGGAAGAUGACAUAUACGAUCGUGAUCGUGAUGUUGAUGACUUGUCUAACAGAUUCUCCAAGUCAAGAAUAUCUUCUAGCUCGGCCGGUAACGGACGUGCAUCUAGACCAAUGUCAGAGAAGCCUGACUUCGGCUCUCCUAGUUCAUCCAAUGCGCCAAAGGCGGUGGCGUUGUACAGUUUCGCCGGCGAGGAAUCUGGCGAUCUGCCAUUCAGGAAGGGUGACGUUAUUACCAUUUUAAAGAAAUCAGAGUCUCAAGAUGAUUGGUGGACUGGAAGAGUUAAUGGAAGAGAAGGUAUUUUCCCAGCAAAUUAUGUUGAAUUGGUCUAA